CCGACAAUUAAAAAAUUCGACAAUAAACAAACAAGAGAUAGUACCACGAAGCAUCCGGAAUUCUCUUAAAACGAUAAAAACCUCGGAUUGACAACUACUAUCACAGUUUAAAAUUUCCGCAACACUCAUACAGUAAUGGUUUCGUGGAUUAAUAAUUAAGUUGAUUCAUAAUAAGUGAGUAAUUAUUGAACCUUCAAGCCGGUCAAUUAGCCAAUUAAUAUACAGGACAAUAUUAUACAUCGCUUUGUCGAUAUUUAACGUAUCGUUAAGUAUUUAUUCUUAUUCUCGCGAUGCAUUAUACGGUUGUAAUUAUUGUUUAUUUAAGCGUGAAUGUUUUUCCAGUGAUUUCUUAUAGUUUUAAUAGUGAAAACGUAAUACUCAUCAAUCAGGAUAGUGUAAAAAAUACCUAUUUUUCUUAUAGUUUGUUAUUGCAAGCUGGCGAAAAUGCAUCUUCCCUUAUUGUAGGAGCUCCUAAAAACAGCAACAAACUAAGCUCUGGGGGUGAUGUCUACAAAUGCGAUAUAAGUCCCGAUGGUGGAACAACUUGUAUUCAAUAUCCUGCAGGAAGAAUGAUAGACUCCAGUACACCAAAUGGAAACUUUUUUGGUAUGACCAUGGAUGGCGAUGACCACAUCAAUGGAGCAUUAGUUGUGUGUGCCCCAAGAACUUUACCUUCAAAUUCGCAACUGAAUUACCUUAGAGGUUAUUGUAUUUAUUUGAGGAAUUCUUCGGAUAUAACGCAACAACCUGUAAGGAUAGUGCCCCUUGAAAACGCUGGGUCUGAUUCAACGUGUUGUGAUUAUGGAGGAAAAGCCUACUACAAUUUUGGUUUUGGUAUGGCAGGAUUCGAUGUUUCAUUUUUUUCUGAGAACGAUGUACUAUUUGGUGCUCCAGGAGUUAAAAAGUUCAACGGCGUAACUAUUUCAUAUUCACUACGUCACUCAAGAUUAGUAAGUAUGCUACCCUACAGAUCGUUACCGAAUCCUGACGACGAUGAUACUUACUUUGGUUAUUCAGUUGCGACAGCUAAAUUUUCACCAAACAGUGAAGACGUUUGGUUUGUAGCAGGAGCACCACGAGCAAAUAAUUUAAAAGGAAAGGUAACCAUUUACUACUACGACGUAGGUGCCAAAGAAAAAAUAAACGUUGUGACAAGCUUUGAUGGCGAUGAAAUGGGUUCGUAUUUUGGUGCUUCAGUAUUACCAUUAGAUGUCAGCAAUGAUGGUAUAGUCAAUAUGUUAGUGGGAGCACCCAUGACCAAAGGGAGAAGUUGGGAUGAAGGCUGUGUUUACUUUUACAGGGGAUUACAUGAAAAGUCAUUUCUACGAAAAAUUGAACUGACUGGUUCAUCAAAAGUUGGCAGUCGAUUUGGAUCAGCAAUAGUUUCGCUGGGUGACUUUGACUUGGAUGGAUAUAAUGAUGUGGCCAUUUCUGCACCAUACGAAGAUGAUGGCAAAGGAGCUGUGUAUAUUUAUAAAGGCAGCGCAGAAGGGUUAAUUGAUCAGUUUAGUCAAAGAUUAUCACCCGGAGAUUUCAAUAUCGGCCAAACCAUAGUCAAGGGGUUUGGAUUGGGAAUUUCCAAAGGACAGGACACUGAUGGAAAUGGACACAACGAUAUCGCAAUUGGAGCUUACAAAACAGACCAAGUAUUUAUCGUCAGAAGUUACAGCAUUAUCGACUAUCAAAUUUUAUUACACCCCGACAUCAGCUCUAUUAAAAACGAUACUUCACAAUUUAAUUUAAGAUUUUGCCUGUUAUACACGAAGAGAAGUGACAAAGAUAUUUUAAAACAUGUUGAUUUUUUGGUGUCAUUAAAUAUGGAUUAUCGUGCAUUAACAGGAAAUGUCGCUGAUCGAUUAACUGUGAAAUUAGGAGCUAAUCAAUGUAAGGAAUAUAGUGUUCAAUUAAAAGAAACAAUGAUGGAUAUAUCACCAUUUCAAAUAGAUCUUCGCCUAGAAACCAUAACUAAAGAUAUUAUUGCUAAUGGAGAGAAAUCCAUAGAUGUUCGCAUUCCUUAUUCACAUGGUUGUGGUGACGAUAAUAUUUGUAAUACAGACUUAUCCGUUGGACUUGAAUCAAACAGGGAUACUUUAGUGCUAGGAGGAGAUAAACAAAUAGACCUGAAAGUAUUAGUAAAUAAUAACGGUGAACCAGCUUACCAAUGCGUUGUGAUGCUAGUGGUACCAAUAGGAAUUGAACUAAGGAACUUGAAAGAUUGCAUUAGCACUGACACAAAUUAUACGUGCUUGAUAAGUGAAAAAUUAGUUGGAUUUAUUGAACAAGAUUUUAUAUUUGAUAUACGAGACAUUACUGCUAAUACACGCAACAUCGAAAUAAGAGCUGAAGUAGGCAGUUUGGGUAUAAACAAUCCAGGAAGCAAUCAAAAAAGUGAACUCACUUUACCUGUUGUAUUGGACAGUUUUCCCUAUAUUGUUGGAAAAUCUGUACCUGAUCACAUUGACUUGGACAUUAAAAAAUACAAAGAAGAUAUGGAAGUUGUCCAUCAAUUUUCCAUUGGCAAAAAUGGACCUUCGCCCCUUGAAGUCAAUGUAGACAUCUUAAUACCUGCUGUGGAAUAUGAUGGAGAAAUUAUUUCUAAUAUUGUUGAUGUCGUGGGUAAAGUUGGUGAUAUUCAGAUAUCCUGCACCAAAUCGCUCAUUGAAAAUAAAAUUUCACUGUCUGAUUUCGAUAAUCUAAAUAUUGCCGUUAAUAGAACUGUAAUAGUAAGUUGUGAUUCUGACACCAGAUGCUUCAAGUUUUCUUGCAAGGGUGAAUACUUGUAUUCUUCUGACCAACUAGCAGUAUUCAAAAUAGAAACGUCCAUUAAUGCUAAAUUACUUGGCUUAAAAUAUAAAAAUGAAUUAACUCUGAAGGAUUUAAUAGCUUUUGUGCCUGUGGCAUAUCAGAGAACUUCAACGACUGAAUCUGAAAGGGUCGGAGCCACAGCAGUAUUUUUGGUUUUCGUGCAACGUUUAGUAAUGGUACCUUUAUGGGUAUAUUUACUGGCGCCAAUAUUAGGAGUAAUUUUGUUAAUAUUAAUCAUCUAUGGAUUGUAUAUGUGUCAUUUUUUUGAAAGAAUAUACAAGGAAAAAUUGGAACAAGAAAAAAUAUUGAUAUCGGAUGAUGCGUCUAUCGAAGAAGAGAUAUUCGAUAACGUAGUCUUUCGUCCCAUGCAAGAAAACGCAAUGACUGAAAAGUAGAUGUAGGUGUAUUAUGAAAUAAUUUUUGUAUUUUUGUAUUAUGUGGACCUGGUAGGUGUAGGUAAAUAGAUAUUUUUCAAUAA